AGGCUGCUCAGCUGAAGCGCGUCUCUCCAUCAGCAGCAGCUUCAGCUCCAUGGGGACACACAGACACACUUUACUGCUGAUCACCGUCCACUGCUGCUCUACUGCUGCUUGUUUUCAUGACUUUGUGGCGCCGCAAACUUUCUCCGGAGUGGAAUACAAAACAUCACAAAUCAAUGGAUUAGCACUGAGAAGUGUGUAGGAUUAUUGUUACUGCUGUGAAGUGUUUUUUAUUGGAUGUUCAUGAGUAUUUUGUCCAUGUCUUCUGUCGGAUGAUGGCUCAGGCAGUCUCUGUCAUUCUACUGUUUGGCAUUAUUCUGAAAAUCAACUGUGUUGCUGCCAUUGAACUGCGGUUCAUGCCUGAUCCACCAACGCUGAACAUCUAUGGCACUCACAGGAUGAACAGAUCUGACAACCUGGAACUAACAUGCAGAGGUCGUCAGUACCUGAGGUGGACGACCCCACCUACGAGCACUCGCUUCUCCAUCAGUGACUGCAGCGGGUCGGGACUCUUCUGCACCACGCUGCGGAUCUCCAACGCAACUGUCAAUGAAACUGGACAGUACCAGUGCUUCUACAGAGACCUGAAAGUGGAAGACGGCAAGACUUCAGCAGCCGCUUAUGUGUUUGUCCACGAUUACAAGGUGCCAUUUGUUCCGUCUGAAAAAGAAUUGGAGGUGGUGUUCAUCCGCGAGGGAGAGCGGGUGGUAAUACCGUGCCGAGGCUCGGUGGAGGAUCUCAACGUUACGCUCCAUACUAAGUAUCCAAAUAAGGAGCUUCGUCCCGAUGGAAAGGACUCGCUGUGGGACGCCAGGACGGGUUUCACUGUUCCCAGUCAUCUGAUCAGCUACGCCGGCGUCGUGUCCUGCCAGACUCGGAUUGGAAAUGAGACGUUUAAGUCCCCUUUGUACAUUGUUGCUGUUGUUGGAUACAAGAUCCAUGAACUCACCGUGACCCCCGAGCAGGAGAGACUGUGUGUGGGGGAGCGGCUGGUGCUCAGCUGCAUCGCCAACACCGAGCUCAACGUGGGCAUCGAGUUCCACUGGAUGCACUCUGGUCAGGCCCUGACCUUGGGGAAUGGUUCGAGGCUGAGCCACACAACACCUCACAAGACGAAGCUGUGGAACUCCCUGGAGCUGUCCAACACACUCACUGUGGAGAACGUCACUGUGGAGCACACUGGAGAAUACACCUGCACUGCAUCCAGCGGGCAGAUGGAGAAAAGUGCUUCAGCAUUCCUUAAAGUUUAUGAAAAACCUUUUAUUGAUAUGAAAGAGCCACCGAUGAAGGUUUUGGAGGCAAAUGUGGGAGAUCAAACGACGAUCUCUGUGAAGUACUCAGCUUAUCCAGAGCCCAGCUUUAAAUGGUUAAAAAAUGGCGUUCCACUGAAGGACGAUUACAGAAUAAAACAGAAAAACGAUGCCCUCGUCAUCCGUGGAGUCAAAGAAAUGGAUGCUGGGGAAUACACGAUUGUCCUGUCCCAUAAGAUCACUAAAGAGGAACAGAGACGCUCUGUCCAGCUGCUGGUCGACGUGCCUCCUCAUAUCAUUGAGAAGGAGGUGGCGGUGGACACUGAUGUGUACCCGUACGGCAGCAGUCCCACCCUCAGGUGCACCGCCCGUGGAUUUCCCACACCUGCAUACAUCCAGUGGCAGUGGAUGUCUAAAGAGGACUGUCCAGAGGCCUUCGAGUUAGGGCAGAUUGAGUCUGACUUCCAGCUUGCUGAGUGCACAGGUUGGAGAGAUAUCAGCAACAGCACUGGUCACCACCCGGUUGAACAUAUAAUGAUUGACACUGAGCAUGGCCAAAAGAAAACUGCAAGCUUUUUGAAGAUUCAGAAGGCAGAGGCCCAUGCCCUCUACAGAUGCAUGGCUGUUAACAAAGUAGGAGAGGAUUCACGCAUCAUCUUUUUCCACGUCACACGUGGCCUUGAGGUGAGCAUGUCUCCACCCAGCGAGCCCUUAGAAGAAGACCAUGUGGUUCUACGGUGUAAGGCGGACAGGCUGAUCUACACCAACCUCGCCUGGUAUCGUGUGACCAAUAUCUCAGAGUCGGAGCAGGUUGCGCCGGUGCAGCCCUGUCGCUCCCUUUCAAUGCAGCGUGUAGGGAUGUCCAGCCUGCAGGGCGCCAACGUGACCCUGGAGCUGUCACUGCCGAACGCGUCCCGUCAGGACGAGGGUCUGUACGCCUGCCAGGUGGAAAACAUUAAGACCCGGGAGAGAACCUGCCUGCUGCGCCGUCUUUCUCUCAAAGGUCUUGAGGCUUCAAGGAUCCUUAAUAAUUUUACAGAUCAAAAAGCUAAUGUGAGUGCAACAGUUGAUCUCCGCUGUGAUGCUGCUGGGACUCCAAGCCCGAUUGUGGUGUGGACCAAAAACAACCACACUGUGGUAGAGGGCUCAGGUGUGAUUCUGAGUCAGCACAACCACAUUCUGACCAUUCAGCGUGUGAAGAAGGAGGACAGCGGCCUUUACACCUGCACUGCAUGUAACAGCCGGGGCUGUGACACCUCACAGGCAUAUUUGACAACUGAAGGUGCUGAGGAAAAGACUAAUGUGGAACUGAUUGUUCCCAUUGGGUCAGUGGUCAUCGCCAUGUUUUUCUGGUUACUGAUCGUCUUUGUCAUCCGUGGAAGAAAGAGACCAAGUGGUGGGGAGCUGAAAACAGGCUACCUGUCCAUGAUCCUGGACUCUGAGGACAUGCCCAUGGACGAGCAGUGUGAAAGGCUCACAUAUGAUGCCAACAAAUGGGAGUUUCCUCGGGACAGGUUGAAGCUAGGUGACCCACUGGGACGAGGAGCGUUUGGCCAGGUGGUGGAAGCAGCCGCCUUUGGCAUUGAGAAAGCUACCACAUGCACUACUGUUGCAGUGAAGAUGCUAAAGGAGGGAGCCACGUCCAGUGAGUACCGCGCAUUGAUGUCAGAGCUGAAAAUUCUCAUUCACAUUGGACAUCAUCUCAAUGUGGUCAACCUGCUGGGGGCCUGUACAAAGCCUGGAGGGCCACUAAUGGUGAUUGUGGAGUACUGUAAACAUGGAAACCUCUCCAGCUACCUGAAGAGUAAGCGCGGAGAGUACAGCCCCUACAAGAGAAAGCGUCUGGAUAGCCAGAAGUGGGCAUCUGCAGAGGAGGAUGUGACCGAAGGGGAUCUUGGUCUGGGAAAGAUUGCCCAACUGGACAUCUGCACAGGAACAGCUGUUUGCUCCAGUGGUGGAGACAUGGCUUCAGGCAACAGCAUGGACACUCAGGAAGAGAGCUCAGACGAAGACCAUCUGACUAUGGAGGACCUGAUAUGCUACAGCUUCCAGGUGGCUAAGGGCAUGGAAUUUCUCUCCUCCCGCAAGUGUAUCCACAGAGAUCUAGCUGCCAGAAACAUCCUGCUUUCAGAGAACAAUGUUGUGAAGAUCUGUGACUUUGGCCUCGCUAGAGAUGUCUACAAAGACCCUGACUAUGUCCGCAAGGGAGACGCACGUCUUCCUCUGAAGUGGAUGGCUCCUGAGACCAUCUUCGAUCGGGUGUACACCACACAAAGUGAUGUGUGGUCCUUUGGGGUUCUUCUCUGGGAGAUCUUUUCUCUGGGGGCUUCUCCAUAUCCGGGUGUUUGCAUUGAUGAGUUAUUCUGCAGGAGGCUGAAGGAAGGCACCAGGAUGAGACCCCCAGAGUACGCCACCACUGAAAUAUACCAGACCAUGUUGGACUGCUGGCUGGAUCGUCCCACAGAUAGGCCAACAUUUGCAGAGCUGGUGGAACAUCUGGGCAACCUGCUCCUGGCCAGUGCUCAACAGGAUGGGAAGGACUACAUCCCUCUGACAGCAGGCAGCGAGGCAGAAGGAUCUCCAGUGAACCCUGACCCCAGGAGCCCCUACAGCAGGCCCCAAAGUGAGGAAAUCCUUGAGGCUCAGCUCCACUAUGACAACCCGUCGUCCCUUGGGCUGGUCCAACAGAGCGAGAGGUGCGGUCGACCCCUCAGUGUGAAGACGUUUGAAGACAUCCCUGUGGCACUCAGCAGCGUCAUGGAGGGCCACACAGACAGCGGCUUCACACCAGAGGAGGUAAAGGGUUUGAAUCAACAGCUGCCAACUACUCCCAACUUCAGCCAGCUGCUGCGCUGUAAGAGUAAAGAGUCUCUGGCCUCUGAGUCAUCCAAUCAGACGAGCGGAUACCAGUCAGGCUACCAUUCUGACGACACAGACGCCCCGAUCUAUGCCAACGAGGAGGUGAUCAUGAAGCACAAAAUGCUGAAGAAGCCUCCACUGCCCAAGACGCCGGACAAAUUCAACAUGGAGAUCCGCUACACCACGCCACCCGUCUGACCCCAACUACUUAACCCUGAGUCUUAUCACUGUACAGUGUUUCUUUACCUUCCACAGGUAUCACACUUUAAGAACAAUGACGAGAUGUUUUUGACAAGUCAGCUGGGAAAAAUUAAGGUUGUAUGAUAAGUUUGUAAGCUCUUUGGACAGCCGGAGGAAUGCUUUCAUGUUUACUCAGGAGUAAAAAGGUCUGGGGAGCCGAGACACGAGGACACGCCUACUUCCUGAGUCGCAAUACACCCACUUCCUCUAUUGCAGGAAAUGACAUCUGGAAUUUUUAGAUAAUUGAAUCUGCAAAUGUUUUCUUUCUGUCUUUUUUUUAAAUUGUGUUGGCACAUUAAAUGCCUGGUAAGAAGUUCUCUCAGAUCAAUCAGAACACUGUUUCUGUAGAGUCACAUUUGUACAGUUCCGCUAUACUCAUAACUGACAGUAUUUUAAAGGGGUAUUACUAAACUUGCAAUAAAUGUAACUAGUUUUAUAAAAUAAAAAUACUCACUGAUUAA